AUGGCUCAGCACACUAACAUUGCACAAGCCGGGUUUUCUCCCAAAAGUCAAGUCAAAGCUAAUCGAAAUAAAAUCCAAAUGCUGAAACUGGCAAACGUACUUGUAUUACUUUCAACCAUAAUAGUAAUAUGUGAAGCGUUUCGGACACAGAGCGUGGCGGUAAAGGGACGACUGAUGUGCGGCAGUCAACCAGCGACCAACGUGCGCGUCAAAUUGCUAGAUGAGGAUCAAGGUGAUCCAGAUGACGUGAUGGACCAAAUGCUAACGAAUUCCGAUGGACUUUUCAGUCUGAGUGGCUCAGCGUCUGAACUGACACCAAUCGACCCAGAGCUACGGAUCUAUCACGACUGUAAUGACCAUGGCAAGGUUCGAGGUGCUCUGAUGUGUGGUGAUAGGCCGGCGAGAGAUGUACAAGUAAAGCUAGUCGACGAUGAUUUUGGUCCCGACCCAGAUGAUGUGCUGGAUUCCGGCUACACGGACGCCAAUGGAGCUUUCGAACUACAUGGUUCGACAGCGGAACGUACCACUAUCGAUCCACAGCUGAAAUUUUAUCAUGAUUGUAACGACGGUGUUAUU